GAGGCAGAGGAACAGAGAUAAAGCUGAAUGUAACAGGGGAACAGGACUUUUGGGAUGCUCCAACUUUACUGAAGCAAGCUGGUUUCUUUAUGUCGCUAUAAGUGAGAGGCUUGAAGCCCUGACAGCCUCCAAGCUAGUUUGGAUUCUGCGUCAGCAUCCAGCUGACUGAUGGCUGUUCCUGCUGGGGUGUGAGAAACUGGAUAACCUCCAUCUAUACUGUGCAUGUAAGAACUUCCGGUCUGCUGCUAUGGGAAGCCACUAUCUUUUUGGCAACUAAUAUUCCUCUCCAGAGACACUCCACAUCCACCCAGUGCUUGUGCAACUGUCAGUUGAGGGUGAUAAAGGCCCCAUGAGAUGCGAGAAUCCCUUGGUUGAGGUGUUUUUUCCAGGUGAAACGAUGAUCCGGUUGCUAAAGUGAGGCGUACUCCACGAAGAUACAUAGUCUCCGAAGAUUUGUGGCGGCCAUAUUGUCACUGUUUUGGGAGUUAAAACACCAGCAAAGCCCAAAAGCACCCAAAGCUCAUCCUCAUUUGGAGCUAUGCCCUCUCCAUAUCCUCCCUCAUUGCCAUACCUCACUCGCCGCUCUGUGUUUUUCGUUGGACUACUCCUUCUCGUGCAUUGGGGGCCCUCAGAGGUCAUUUGCCAGAAUGACACAGAACCGAUCGUGUUGGAGGGAAAGUGUCUGGUGGUGUGCGACUCCACCCCGUCCGCGGAGCCAUCGGGUAACGCUCUGGGCAUGUCGGUGAGGUCAGGAACCGGAAGGGUGGCGUUCUCAGCCAUCCGUAACACCAACCACGAACCCUCGGAGAUGAGCAACCGUACCAUGACCAUCUACUUUGACCAGAUCUUAGUAAACGUUGGCAGCCACUUUGAUCCGGCGAGGAGUAUCUUUGUGGCCCCCAGAAAAGGAGUUUACAGUUUCAGCUUUCAUGUGGUCAAAGUUUACAACCGGCAGACAAUACAAGUGAGUUUGGUUCUCAAUGGCUGGCCGGUGAUCUCGGCCUUCGCAGGUGACCAAGACGUGACCAGGGAAGCUGCCACCAACGCCGGGCUGGUGAUGAUGGAGAGAGGGGACAAGGCUUACCUCAAACUGGAGAGGGGGAACCUGAUGGGAGGGUGGAAGUACUCCACCUUCUCUGGGUUUCUGGUGUUCCCCUUGUAGACUGGGUUGAGGUAGGAAGUGAGAGGAUUGUCAUAGCCAAGGGUAAGGAGGGGAGGGCAGGGUAUAAAAUAAAGAUUGUUUUGGGGGCAAGUGUUACUUUAAUGCCUUUGACAUAAAGGAGGAAGCGUCAGUGGAUGCCCAUUGAGUUCCACGCUGAAGUUGGAAACGAAACACUUAACGGCUUCGAUGCGUCUUCAUAUGUAUCAGAUGAAUGGGUGAAUUCACUUUGCUCCAAAUAACCCUAAAUGUAAUUUCCAUUUCCAUUGCACUUUUAUGGCUUAUUGUCUGUUGUCUGACUUCUGUAACGUGUCGUCUACGCUUGCUUACACCAGGUGUCGGCCUGUCUGAGGUUUGUGAUUUUCCUUUAAUGCAUGAAAUGAAACGACAAAGCAAAGGUUUGUGGCAAUAAAGAAAAUUAUUGUGUCUAUUCUCCA